AUCAUGAUACUUGAUGCGGUCCCUUUAACUCCAAUCUCCCGCGUUCCAAGUUAAGCGGAAAUAGAAAGCCUUAUUUUCUCUAUUUAAGCGCGCCAACAAAGGAUUGUGACAGGAGCUACCUGUUCUUCGUUUACUGGGCACCACACAGUCGUCUCUCUCUAUACCAGGGUCCUGAAAUAAAAUGCCAGAGGACACGUCAACUGCGUCGAGCUCUGGGAGUGUGGAGGAGAAGCCAUGCUCCUCAGCAGCAGCUGACGUUACCGGCGACAGCUCUGUUGACGUCGCGGAGGAGGCAAAGAAGCUGAUUGGCACAGGGAACAGGCAUUUAGUAAUGGGAGAUGUUGUUUCUGCUGUCAGCGUCUUCCAGGACGCCUGCAGCAUGCUAGCUGCAAAGUUUGGGGACACUGCAGAAGAGUGUGGCGAGGCCUUCUUCCUGUGUGGGAAGUCCCUGCUGGAGCUUGCCAGGAUGGAGAACAGUGUCCUUGGUAAUGCCCUGGAGGGAGUCCCAGAAGAAUCUGAGGAAGAAGAGCAGCCUAACAGCUCAAAUAUUGAGAGUGCCAACAAUCUUGAUGAAGAAACUAGAGAUGAGCUACGAAAGCAGGUGUAUGAUGCAAUGGCUGAAAAGGAAAAGGUUGCGCUGGAGCCCGAGGAUGGAAAGGGCAACACUGGGGUUAAAAAUGAAAAUUGUGAGGCAAAGUCCCCAAGCAAACAUCCAACUGGCUCAGAGGAUCCCUCAAGUUCCCCUGUGAGUGGGAAAGAGAAGGGUUCAGACCAGAAAGCUAAAGUCAAUGGAGUUGAGAAAAGCCCAGAUUCUUGUGUAAAUGGUGCAGUGGAAAGCCCUACAGUGUCUUCUGGGAAAGAAGCCGCGAUGGAGAAGGUCAAGGAAGUAAAAGAGCAGACUGGCAAGGAGACCGAAGGGAAUAAAGAGGAAUCCAAGCCGGAGGCAGAACAGGACAAUGAGGACCCAGAUGGUAAUGACGAUGAUGACGAAGAUGAUGAGGAUGGCGAGGAAAAUGGGCAGCACAAGGAAGAGGACGAAGUUGGCAAUCUUCAGUUGGCGUGGGAGAUGCUGGAGGUAGCUAAAGUCAUCUACAAAAAAAAGGAUGGCAAAGAUGACCAGCUGAUGGCAGCCCAGGCAUAUCUGAAACUCGGAGAAGUCAGUGCUGAAUCAGGUAACUAUCCCCAGGCACUAGAAGACUUCCAGGAGUGUCUUUCCCUGCAGCUGAAGCACUUGCCUCCCCACAGUCGUCUGUUGGCUGAGACCCACUACCAUGUUGCCACCACACUGUGUUACAUGGAUCAGUACAGCCAGGCCAUCCAGCACUACAACAGCUCCAUAAAAGUCAUUGAGGCCCGUCUCGCCAUGUUGCAGGAGGUGAUAGACGCAGCAGAUGUGGCUGCAGAAGAGAAGAAUGAGAUGGAAGAGCUGAAGCAGCUGCUGCCUGAUAUCAGGGAAAAAGUUGAGGAUGCCAAGGAAAGCCAGAGAACUGCCAGCGCUGCCUCCCAGGCCAUCCAGCAGACACUAGGCGGAGCCUCAACCUCAUCAGCAUUCCUAUCUGAAAAUGGCAGCGCUUCAUCUUCAGCAUUUGCAACAGUCAGCCAGAUCCCAGUGACUUCUGACGGUGCCUCAUCUUCCAAAGCUGUCUCAAACAUCUCUCACCUCGUCAGGAAAAAGAGGAAACCAGAGGAGGAGAGCCCAGUAAAGGACACUGAUGCUAAACAAUCGAAACAGGAAGCCACAGUUAAUGGCAGCGCAGACUCUAGUGCCAGCAAUGGAGUCCAGGAGGGAAAAUCACAGGAGUCUGCUAACCAGUCGGCCUCAGUUGAGUUUUCAGCAUGACCGUCCUCGUCUUUCCUGAUCUUCGAAACCAGCACAGCAUGCCUGUCCAGCCCCCUAUCCACCUUCAACGCCUGUUUCUGUAAAUAAGAUCCAUUUUCAUAGACUUGUCUGUUCAGUUUUGUAUACUUGUAGUAAAAGAAUAAUAAAAAAUU